GUACUGAAAUGAUUAUAAACAUUACUCAAAAUAGCCGAAUCAAGGCGAAGAAUACUCGUAACUACCAGCGAUUGAAAUAGAAAGCCAAGCAAAAGUAAAGAAAUCCACCCCAGCAGCUGUUGGAAAAAUCAGCGAAACGAAUUCAUAUCAAACUUUGUGCUGACUGCUUAGGGCAGCUGGCGGAGCUGCAUAGAAAAUUACGAAACUAAGAAUAGCACGAAACAACAAAAUCCCCAGCAGCAACAGCAGUUGCAGCUCCAGUAUCAGUGAGGAAACGAAGUACUUCAUCUUUGUCACCCAAAAUGUCAACCUGCGUGCAAAACUACUCCUCCGCCUAUGCUAGCAAGCCUACAGCCAUUGCAUAACAGCCGCAGACUUCUUCACACCGAUCAUAGCCACAACAUGAACAUCGAACAACAUAAGUUCCCCCCACCACCACCACCAUCCGCGAGUCUGCUGUCCGACAGCGGUUACACCAAUGGCUAUGCCACACCCAGCAACAGCAGUAUUACGACGACUUCAGCGGACACCUCUGCGUCGUCGCCCGCCUCGCAGACAACCACCUACGUGAACAUACCGAUAAUACCGCAUAGCCAACUUAAUGCAUCCGCGUCGUCUACAUGUUCCGCGUCCCCACCGCUGCCGCCGCCGCCACCCUCUGCUAUCUCCAUGAUGGGUAGCGCCAACACACCCGGCGCUGGUGGCGGCACAAGCACCUUUAAAACACCACUGCUACCCAUGCCCACGCUCGAGGACAUCGAAGGCGGUUUGCUAGCAGUCACGACGACUUCUAACACGCCCGUUCCUAUGCCUGUGGGCAUACUUAAGUACCCGAAUGCUGCCUCAGCGGCGGCCGCAGCAUCUGUGGCAUCAACACCACUCAGCCUGCCACCCUCUACGUUGAGUAUGUGCGCUGGUGGCAUGGGCCCUGGACCGCCGCUGCAGUCACAAACGCCGGCGUUAUCAUUGCCCGCCUCUACUGCCACGAGCGGAUAUUUUAGUAGUGUGGCGACUAGCUAUCAAUCAGCAGCGCACGCACAUCAGCAACAACAGCAACUACCACCUGCCACACUCUCAUUAGCCAGCGAUAUGAUGCAGCAUGCAACAACGCCCAUAACGGUGCUUUCGCUGCAACAUUCGACACAGCAAACACAACUACCACCGCCGCCUUCUGUGGGUCUACUUAAUAGCAACAGCGGCGUAACUCUAGGCAUAAGUGGGGGUAGCAAUGCCACUGCGGGGCGCAGCAAUCAUCUGUCAAACGUGGGAGGCGGAAUGGGUGGCUCUGUCGGCGCUACAACCAGCGCUGCGGAUUCGAAACGAUCAUCGAAGUGCUGUACCUGCUUUGGCAGUGGGAACUCGUCAUCAUCAACGAAGUCGCAGCAAAAAAAACGGCGCAAGCAGAAGGCACAGACGAUUUGGUCGGCGCUGCUGACGAAUUUGGGAAUUUGCGCGCUGCUGCUGGCCUACACGCUACUGGGUUCAUUCAUAUUUCUAACAAUCGAGAGCGAAGACUCAACGUUCCUGCAUCACCAUCAUCACCAUCAUAGUCAUCAUGCAGUGCUGCAACGACAACGCCAGCAGCAACAGCACCAACAACAACAACAACAACAACAACAGCAACGUACACUUGCAUCAACCAAACGUGGUAGUGGCAGUGGCGGUAAUGUGGAAAAUAUUUAUCACACUUCACCCGAACAAACGCAUCUGGACAAUGGCACAGCGUUAUCGUCACUAGCCGCAUACUCCUCACUCGCCACCUCCUCCUCCUCCUCCUCAGCUUCCUUGGCCUCCUCAUCUGCAUCAUUAUCUGGCGCUACGUAUUCUUCUACGUCAAAUGCUGAUUCUUCUUCUGUUCCCAAUGCCAUGCUGGAGGGUAUUGUACCAUUGAGCGAUGAGAAUGGCGACCCGGGCGCUGGGGAUUUUAGUUAUGGUGAUGAGUUGAGCGGUGAUGGCGUCACUUCGGCGCACUUGGCGCUGUCGGCGGACACACAGGAAGUACGACAACGCACCAUUGAGAAUAUCUGGGAUAUAACGGUGUCACUGAAUAUACUCUACAAGGAGAAUUGGACAAAGCUAGCUGCGCUGGAGAUUGCCAAAUUUCAAGACCAAUUAAUCAAGAGACUGAAUGAGGAUGCGCUAUUGCAAUUAUCACAUGAAAUGGAUGGCGGCCUGGCUGGUGCGAGCGGUAGUGGCGCAGCGAUUGCUGGUAAUAGUCCAGCCACGGAAGCUGUACUCCUGCACACACAUGGCGGUCAAUAUGGACAUGGCAACGGGCCGCAUGAAUGGAAUUUCGCCAAAGCGUUUCUCUACUCACUAACGGUGCUAACGACGAUUGGCUAUGGCAAUAUUGCACCACGCACAACACUCGGCCGUUUGGUUACGCUCGUCUAUGCCAUUUUUGGCAUACCACUUACGCUCGUUUAUCUCUCCAGCACCGGCGGCAUUCUGGCGAAAGUGGCACGCGAAGUGUUCUCCAAAGCGCUGUGCUGUUGCCUUUGCUCAAAUUGCGGCUAUUGUUGUUACGAUGAAAAGCGUAUGGCCGAAAAAGAACGGCGCAUGAAACGCAAGCGACAACAGGAGGAAUUACGUAAACAGCAGGCUGCCUUACAGGAACCAUAUUUUGUACACGACUCAUUUCCAACAACCGAAAAACAAUCAAACCUUGCGGGUAGUGGCACACAAAUGCUGCCACCUGAUAUCGAUUCACUAAGCGCCAGCGAAUCACGUGGCUCAAUGCAUGGCCUAAGUAUAUUGGCGCCAAUUUUGUUGUGUCUUUCGAUGAUGGUUAUUUACAUACUAAUCGGUGCGGUGGUAUUGUAUCGACUAGAAGAUUGGCCUAUACUCGAUGGCAUCUACUUUUGUUUCAUGAGUUUGUCCACAAUCGGUUUUGGUGAUAUGCUACCGGGGUUACGGCGUGAGUCCACUGCAACUACAUGGUUUUGUUCGAUAUACAUAAUGUCCGGCAUGGCAUUGACAGCGAUGUGUUUUAAUGUUAUACAUGAGGAAAUUGUGCAUCGCAUCAAAAUUGUGGUGGAAUUCAAGAAAGGUGCUAACGUAUUGGAUACGAUGAGUGAGGAGCAGGGAUACUAUAUGCCGCCUUGACAAUAUGAAAAGGGCACAAGUUUGUACAAACGUAAUCCCACCGAAGAGACGCUGGUAUCGGGCACACCCACUUCACUCACCUAUGGCGCUCAACUGGAAACAGAUCUAAAUCAAAUGCACCAAAUGAAGGAAUAUAUUAAUCACGAGCUCG